GGAAGUGAACCACGUAUACGGAAACUGUUAUAAAUGCUCUGGGAGUCCAUUUGGUCUCUUUGCUUACAUACCCGCUUGUUACUUCCACUACCUUGGUCCUUGUGUCUGUUUCUGGGUGUUAUUUGAGAGAGAGAGAGAGAGAGAGAGAGAGAGAGUGAGACAGUCUAGACAGAGAGGGUUUGGCUUAUACAGUUACAAAGAUGGAAAAGAUGAACAAUAACAACACUAUAGUCCAGAUAAGGGAUGCCUUAUCUCGCGUAAACCAGAAGGUUAAUCUGAUAGGUUUUGUUAGGGAAUUCAGCUUUCCCAGAAAGAGCCUGGGAACUGAUUAUGUUUCGACUCUGAAGAUUGUGGAUGAGUCCUAUAGGGAAAACGAAUUAUCAGUACAAAUUUUCACUGGGAAGGUGGAGGAUCUUCCAUUGCCUAGGUCUCACAAAGACUUCAUUAUUCUCUAUAAAGUCAAGAUUACUGAGUUUAAUGGGCGGAUUUAUGCCGUUUUUAACAAAAUAUUCUCUUCAUAUGCUUUAUUUGAUGAAAAGAGUUGCAUAGACUUUAAUCCAUAUCAAGCUUCUCCAGGAUUUCACCUACUAGGACCUGAUAUGGACUUUGUCAGACGUAUGGGGCAUUCGUGUUCCAAAUUUCCAUUUAGUGGAGGAAUGGAUGAAUACCUGUUGUCAUUGAAAGAUAUCAAAAGUGAUAAACCGUAUUUUGAUCUAGUAUGCAAGGUUCUACAUGUUGAGGAAGUUACCAGCAAUGUGUGGAUGCUCUUUGUGUGGGAUGGAAAUGAUACUCCUCCAUUAAGCUUGGACACGAAUCUUAAUGAUGAAGAGCAGAACCCGCUUCCAUUACAUAUUGAACAGUUUCUUCUACCAAGUGAUAUCCUCUGCACAUUUCCUCGUGUUGGAACUGUCCUUCGAGUGAUGACUGAUAAAGCCCAUGAAAAGUUUGGCUUAAACUUCAAUGGUAUUGGCAAAUGGGUGAGGUUCCGUAACAUGACUUGUGAAGUGCACUUUGGAUCAUGGAAGGGUCUCCUGACUUCUUCUUCUAGAGUUCGAUAUCUUCCUGAAAAUCAUGACAUCGUCUUGGAAUGUAUUAGGAAUUUUAAUCAACGAGGAAUGGGGGAAGAGGGUCGUUUUCCAUCAUGGAGUAGUCCUCCAUAUCUAGCUGUGAUAGAUUACGAAAAUGUUCCGUUUGCAACAAUGAUGGAUCUUCUCACUCAACCAGAGGUUGGUGGUACAGUCAAAUGUAUUGUUCGUGUCCUAGCAGUUUGUCCCCCACAACCUAAAGAAUUCUGUACGCCUGUUGGUUCAGAUCAAUAUAGGAUGAGACUGACAUUAGAGGACCCAACUGCGAGACUACAUGCGACAUUAUGCGGUGAUGAUUGGGUGAAGUUUUUUGGGGAUUGUUUCUCUGUUGAUGUUCUAACAACGAAGAUGAACAAAUUACUUGGGGUGCCUGGCAAGGAAGGUAGUGGUUCUUUGAGGAGCCCACCAUGGAUAAAAUGUUGCAUAAACGUGAACUCUGUAGAGUACCAUAUAUGUGGCACUAGGCUUGUGGAUAUAUAAUGGUGUUGAAUAUUAAGGCAGCUGGAGUUUUAACUUUUACUUCCUUACGGAGCUUCUCGGAAGUUGUAUAAUCAUUGUAAAAUCACUUUCUUUUCUAUGUAAAGCACUUUAUAUUAGAUUAAAAUCACUUUCGUUUUUUU